AUGCAAACCGGAUUUGUCAAGGGUUUUGCCUCUGGAAUGGCGUCAUGGUUGGUGGUUGAAGAUGGGAUGGACCAAACAACGUCUACGGUUUGGGAUGCGGUCGGUGGCCGGACUACCGCUUUGGGUACCCCGACAAGCGCUCGAGCCGCUGAUUGGCGCGACAACCCAACGUCCUUAUCAAAGGAAUGGUGGGGAGAAGCAAUGAAAGUUAAUCCAGAGAGGUCCAGGCAUUUCAUUGAUCGUCCCGGCCGUGGCCCCACGGCGAUCGAUCGAUAUCGGAGCUGCACCUUCCCUACGCCUACUGCUACACGCUACAAUCGUUUCCUCGGAUACUCCGACGUUCAUGACGUCGUGCCACCAUUGCUUUUCCUAGAGCGGUGCAUUCGGCCACCCUCAACUCCGAUGUUGGGUCUGCAGGGCUGA